GUGGAGAAUUUGCGAAGCAGCUCCUCCCGGGGCGCUGAGAUUGACGGGCCGCGGCUGGUAGUGGUGCUGGCGAGCAGUAGAGGGAGCAGACGCUGGUUUUCUCCAUUCCUGCUCCCGGAACGAGCUGGAGACUAGUAGAAAGGCGGUUUGCUGUGGAGUGUGCAACUUUAAUACUCCACCCAAAGACUUCGGAUCUGCAUGCGUAUCUGGUGACCAUGGCUGCUGCUGAGAUUAAGGAAGGCAAGGUGGAGCUCGAAGGACAGGAGCUGUUUUACAGAUGGGCGAGUCCCACUGAGCAGCCCCCCAAACUCUCUGUCCUGCUGCUCCAUGGCAUUCGUUUCUCCUCUGAGACCUGGCUGAACCUUAGAACACUCCACAAACUGGCAGAGGCAGGGUACCAGGCAGUGGCUAUUGAUCUACCAGGCCUGGGUAACUCUAAAGAAUUCACUGCUCCUGCCAGUGUCGGGGAUCUCGCUCCUGACAGUUUCCUCUUGAAUGUACUGAAGGGUUUAGAGCUGGGCCCAGUGGUGAUAAUCAGCCCAUCGCUGAGCGGAAUGUAUUCACUGCCGUUCCUGUUUAGCCACAAUGAUAUGGUGAAGGGGUUCAUCCCUGUGGCCCCCAUCUGCACUGAGAAGUUCUCCACUGAGCAGUACAGGAAUGUACAGAUCCCAACGUUGAUAGUCUACGGUAGUGAGGAUAAGCCAAUGGGAGAGGCAUCAUUCAACAAUCUGAGACACUUGUCUAACCACAAGGUGCAUAUAAUGAAGGAGGCACCACAUGCCUGCUACCUCAGUAAUCCUGACGAGUGGCAUCAAACAGUGCUGGAGUUUCUACAGAGUCUGUCCUAAAUCCCCUUGGACACAGACCACAGCAGUAGAAAUAGUGUUUUAUUAUUGAACUAAUCAUUCAUGUCAAUUAUUUACUAAUACACCAAUAAGAAUACAUCUUGUUUAGUCCCUGAUAUCUUACCUCCAAUAAUAAUGCAGAUUUAUUACAGCUUCUGACAUUGGUCAGACCUUCAUUGCCAACCCACCUAAGCUCCACGCCACUUUGGACAUGCAGCCCUCCCUCGUGCAUACGAGGUAUCUCAUGCAUACGAGGUAUCUCGUGCAUACGAGGUAUCUUGUGCAUAGAGGACUCAGAACCGUGCACAGAAAUAUCAGUUUUCAUUUGUCUGCUCCAGUCAUACUGUGUAAAUUAAUCAGGAAGGAAUGCAUACAGAAAGGCUUUUACUCUCCAGUCCACAGCUGGGCUGGCUGUGUGUUUAGGAAGGCUAGUUAUGCAACUUGUUGCAGUGAAACACAAUGGGAAUCAGCAGACAUUUCAUUUGCACAGAGGAAUUAUUUGGUUCACCUAUUCUUUGAUCAAUUUAUCCAUAUUACACCACUUGAUCACGAGUUGGCAUGUAUCAUCUGGAAGCAAGAAUGGGAGGUGGAUGAUGAUCUCCAUCAAUAUAGCUCCAGGGCUCCCAGAACAGAGUUGCCUUGGUCAUUUACAUUAUAGACUGUAAUCUCUCCAAAGGGGGUUGGAGUUGGCCUAAGUGAACAUGGAGGCUGUUUGGGGUGUUGAUACCAAUAGCUGCACAUCUAGAAGAUGUUGUCAGUGUAUCAGUGGAGCAGUGCAAUUUGAAAUGAUCACUUCAAGCUUUAAGUUGCUAGCAGUCUAUAUCCGUUAUUCAUUCACAUGGGUCACCUCGGUUUGAUUUUCUGAAUAAACUCUUAUGCUUCCCUUUAUGUUAGAACAUUGUAACACUAUUAAAAAAAAGCAAUUCACAACCAACUGAUAUCAGAGCCCAGUGAUUUUUUGCAGGGACGAUUUCAAUCCUUUUGACAAAGUCACUCUAAAUAGACCAGCAUCUGGAGUAAACUCUCCUUCAGAGUGGGGGAGGUGAAAACCCUGUUUAUAUGGAAUGGUUUGUUGCUAAUGCACAAAUAAAGAUGACCUUACUCAUUCA